AUGAAGACAAGAGCCUUUUAAAUUAGACAGUGUUUCUGCUGACAUAGUGCUUUUAAAGUACUCUGCUCCUUUUACUGCAGGAUCUCAAAGUGCUUCACAAACCUUAAUUCAUUAAACACUAUUUUGGUGCCUGUGAGGCACAAAUUUGGUGCUUGUGAAAAGAGCUUAUCGGACAUGCCUGAAGACUUUCAUGGUAAUCUGCCAACCACAUACAGCACCGUCACUGCCCCACCAAAAUGCUUGAAUCCUAAUCUGAAAGAAUUAAGUAAUCCUAAUUAAAAGAUGACCCUUCUUGGCUCAUUCAUUUCUUGGCUUAUCUGAUGAGAAAACAAGGUUGCCAAUUAAAGAAGGAGAUGUGUGUGCAUCUCACACACACACAUGUGGAUGCUCUUCCACUUGGGGGUGUGUGAUGCACACACAGGGAUUUGGACUGAGACUCCCAAAUUGUGAUCCAGACUGUAACACUUUUACUCACUAUCCAUAUCAGCCAGAGCUGGAUUAAAGCAAGUGCCAUGUACGUGAAAGCCUUUAUAUCCCAUAUACAGUCUCAUGAACAAUCCACUUAGCUUGGUAGUACUAAAUUGAAGUUGAAUAAAACUCAGCUUCUUGGGAGGGUUAAUUACAGUGGCCUUGGUUGAGAUCUUUUGAUAUCCUGGUUUCGGUAAUUUAAUUACCUCUGGUAGCUAUAUUAUGACCAGCAGGAUUACUGAUUCCAUUUUCUUUCCAAUUCUGGUUUAGGUUGAUGUCAUAAGUCUAAUUAUCUGGAUUGUUUACACUUUUGAUAAGCUCUUCAGAGCAGGGACAUGUUCUGUUUUAUAUGUCUGUAAAGUGCAGUGCACACCUAUGUGAUGUAUAAAUAAACUGUAAUCUUUGCAACACUCCUGCAAGAGUUGCCUUGCCAGUUCUUCCUGCUGCUAUUUUCCUUUAUCGUUCUUCAUCCUGAUCCCUUGGUCCAGGUGCUAGUUUCUGGGUUUGUCCACGGACUGUACCAGGCAGGAAGAGGACUGCAGUCCAGUGAGGAGUGGCUGCUUGGGUUCUGAAAGUUCAGAGUGCUUAGCAAACCGCUUUCCUCAGUGAACAUGGUGAAAGCUGCAGUUGUCCUGAUAAAAUGUCCAUCAGGGGGCUGAAGAAGAAGCAACCUAAGACUUUUAAAGUGAAAGUUAUAACCAUGGAUGCUGAAAUGGAGUUCAGCUGUGAGAUGAAGUGGAAGGGAAAGGACUUGUUCGACUUGGUGUGCCGAGCAUUAGGACUAAGAGAAACUUGGUUCUUUGGCUUGCAAUACACAAUAAAAGGAAUGUACACCUGGUUAAAGAUGGAUAAAAAGGUUUUGGAUCAAGAAAUCCCCAAAGAAGACCCUGUUAGCUUUCGGUUUUUGGCUAAAUUUUAUCCAGAGAAAGUGGAAGAGGAGCUAUUACAGGAAAUUACCCAGCACCUAUUCUUCUUGCAGGUUAAGAAACAGAUAUUGGAUGAAGAAAUCUACUGCUCUCCAGAGGCUACAGUUUUAUUGGCUUCUUAUGCUGUGCAGGCUAAGUAUGGUGACUAUGACCCGAAUUUUCAUGAGCCAGGCUUUCUUGCCCAAGAAGAGCUGUUACCCAAAAGAGUCCUCCGGCAAUAUCAGAUGACAGCAGAUAUGUGGGAAGAAAAGAUAUCGGCUUGGUAUGCAGAGCACAGGGGUAUUGCCAGGGAUGAAGCAAAGAUGAACUAUUUGAAAAUUGCUCAGGACUUGGAGAUGUAUGGUGUCAAUUACUUUCCUAUUGCUCAAAAUAAGAGUGACACAGAUCUCCUACUUGGAGUUGAUGCUAAAGGUAUUCAUGUCUACAACAUAAAUAACAGGUUCUCUCCAAAUAAGUCUUUUGAAUGGAGUGGUAUCAGAAACAUUUCCUAUAGUGAGAAAGAGCUAACUAUUAAACCUCUUGAUAAAAAAGCAGAAGUUUUCAAAUUCUUUUCUUCUCAGCUCAAAGUGAACAAACUGGUUUUACAGCUGUGCAUUGGAAACCACGACCUGUUCAUGAGAAGGAGGAACGUUGACUCCAUCGAGAUCCAGCAAAUGAAAGCUCAGGCCAGGGAGGAAAAGGCUAGACAAAAAAUGGAGACUCAAAGGCUGGCCAGGGAGAAGCAGCUCAGAGAAGAAGCCGAGCGAGCCAAAGAAGAGCUGGAAAGGCGCCUCUUCCAGAUGGAAGAUGAAGCCCGGCAAGCCAACGAGGCACUGCUCCGGUCCCAGGAAACAGCAGAGCUGCUGGCUGAGAAAGCUCAGAUUGCAGAAGAAGAGGCCAAACUGCUGGCCCAGAAUGCUGCAGAAGCUGAGCAAGAGCGGCAGAGGUUGGAGAUCACAGCACUGAAAACCAAGGAGGAGAAGCGUCUGAUGGAGCAGAAGAUGCGGGAGACAGAGCUGAUCGCAGUAAAACUGGUGAAAGAGUCAGAUCGAAGAGCCAAAGAAGCUGAACAUCUAAAACAGGAUCUGCAUGAAGCCAGGGAAGCUGAACGAAAAGCGAAGCAGAAACUUCUGGAUGUAACGAAGCUUAAUUAUCCUCAUGUGGCCCGGUAUCCUCCUCAUUCACCUGCGGACACCAGAGAUGUCAGCUUUGACAAAGGAUCUGUAAAGAUGGAUUUAAAAGAUGUAGAUCUGAAGAGACUGUCCUUUGAGAUCGAAAGAGAGAGGUUAGAUUACUUGGAAAAGAGCAAAAAAUUUGAAGAUCGAUUGAAAGAGCUGAAGUCAGAAAUCCAUGCGCUGAAACUAGAGGAAAAACAAACUGGGCUCUACUCUCACUGGAAUGAAGUUCUUGGAUCCUUGGAUCGUUCAAUAGGAAAUGCUCCCUCAUGGAUGAAAACCUUUGGAGCUGGAGACUUGUUAGAUAUGAAUCUUCGAAAGCCCUUCCCAGCUUAUCCAUUAAAUGCCACAAGCAGCUGCCCAUGUACCAACAAGAAUCAACAUACAGUACCUGUGGAAAAGUCAACUUUUCAAACAAAUACCUUGGUUGCCAGCAAUGUGGGGACAGGAACUAGAAAACAGAUUAUAAAGGUUCAGCAGCAUGACUCGGACGUGAUCUACAUUUGAAGUGUUUCGGCAAUUCAGUAAUGCUUUCAUCAAGAGGUGAAAAGGUAGAAUUUCAGAGUAAUCCAUUUGCCUGCCACAAAAGUUACUUACACAAAACCACUAUAUACAUUUAGCUACCCAAUGAUGUCAGCAUCAAAACACAUCCUGUCAUGAGUGUGGUGCUGCUCAGUUUCCAGACAGGCAGCGUAUGCCUGUAGCACUGGAAACGACAAGCAUCUUUCAUACAGUAGCAAACAUGAAAUAAUAUAGGAGCCAAGUUACAUCAUAUGUGCUUUGUGAGAACACUUUAGGAGAAAAGGCAUUUUAAAUUUAAAGUGCGUUUUAAACUACAGAGCACCACUGAAAUACAGGACCCUUUAAAGCGAAGAUUAUCAAACAGUCAGUGGAACACACUGGGAGGAAGUGAUGUUUUGGAAGAUUCCUGCUUCUAUAAAAAAAAGUACAUAGAGCAUACAGGACUUUGUGUUUAAGUCUUUGCAGCUGGUGUGACACUUCUGAAGCCUGUUUCAGCAUAUUUGUUAGUCCACAGAACAUUUUUUCACUUAUCCCUAACAUAAGACUGUCUGCAUACUUGACUUGUAUUUCUAUUAGGGAAAGUUUAGCUCUUAAUUGAGGAUUGGACAGGCUUUUUUGUGGGUCUUAAUACAUCUGUUAUUUUGAUGUCUUAUGGAGAUGUGAAUGAAACCUUAAUUUGAAAGUGCAAGACUUCUGUUUCUGUAUGAUUUUUGUGAUGUGGAAUACCUUCACUGCUGACACCUGUAGAAGACUCUAUAACAUACUGUCUCAGAAAUUUAAGUACUAGAGACAAGAAACCUAAUGGUAUCUGCUAAAGAGGGACUCAUCUCUGAUGAAGAGUAAACAUGGUAUCCAGCAUCUACUUUAUCAGAACCAAUUUGUACUUGAGGAUGUUGUGUAUUAAAUGUGUAUUUAACUGAGAUCUUCAUACAGACUUCUAUGGAAGUAGACAAUACAAAAUUGUAGCUAAAGUCAGUUGAACAUGCAGGACUGAGUAAAAACAGAUGUUAAUGUUCAUAAACAUCUAGUCCUAUAAGUUAGGAAUCUAAAGUAUAGUGAAUAAAGUUUCAAUUUCUUCUA